AUGACGCAAAAGGACGAAGCCUACGCCUCCGAUUCGAAGAAGGCCGACUACAGUGACGCUGCCACGCCGUCUAGCUCGUCGCACCCUACUAGUACCGCUGACCAGACUGCCGCACCGCCUGCCUACUCCGAGCAUGACCCACAGAACCCGAGCGAGGCACCGCCACCAUUCGUUGCGACCAAGCAGACCGAUCUGGUCGUCGACAAGAAGGGCCCGCAGGAGCUUAUGGCAACCAAGGGCUUUGACUUUGAGCACCCGAUUUACAUCCAUACAUCGGGUGUAACCCGGACCGACAUCACUAUCGAGCCCGACACAAACCAGGACAAUGAGGACACUAUUGACAAGACCGAGUUCACGGUUCACCUGAACGAGCACAAUGAAUACGACUUUCAUGUCAACGUUGGGUGGUCCUUCUGGAACAUGUUCUCGGUAUACUGCCGUAUUGUGGUCCGGGCACCGUCCACUGCAGUGCGCUCCCACCCAGGCAUCCGCGCUGAGGCUGGGAACGGCCGUAUUGACAUGGUAUCCUUGCCCAACAUUGGCUUCAGCAAGAUUGAUCUGAAAACUACCAACAGCAGCGCUUCUGUCUCGGCUAUCAGCGGCAAGGACAUCCAUGUCAAGACGUCGAAUGGUGCGCUCAAGGUUGCUGGUGUCAACGCGAGCAGCUGUCUUGUGGCUACCACAUCGAAUGGCGAGCUGGGUCUGGAGAAUGUAACCGCGCCGGUGGUCCAGGCACACACAUCCAAUGGGUCGCUGAGCCUUGUCAACGUCACCACUGGCAAUCUGCUGGCCGAGACCAAGAAUGCCAAGAUCACGGGCACCGAUGUGAAGGCGCCUGUGGCCCAGCUCAAGACAUCCAAUGCCUCGAUUGAUAUCGGCGAGGUCAGUGCCGACGAGCUGCGCAUUGUCACAAGCAAUGCCAAGGUUGACGGCACGUGGAGCAUCAAGCGCAAGCUCGAUAUUGCUACAUCCAACGCAUCCAUCUCUGGUACCAUCAAGCUCGCCGACCCGGCCACGCCUGCACGUAUGUCGCUCUCGACCAGCUGUGGCUCAAUCAAUGCCCGUCUGCCCACUGAUGCGUUCAGCGGCACCAUUGACAUGCGUACGUCGUGUGGUGAGGUGAGCUUCAGUGCUGCUGGCUUCUUUGCUGAUCCGCCGCCGAUGAAGUACAUUGUCAACGAGAAGCAGUACAAGCGGGCCAUGGUUGGCAACGGCCAGCAUGAGCUUGUGGCCAAAACCAGCAACUCCAAUGUCAACGUAAAGUUUUACUAG